AUGAGUGGUAAAAUUGCCUUCAUUCUAUUUUGUGCUGUGGUGAUUAUAGAAUGUGAACCUCAGUAUGGCAACAGUUAUGGCUUUCAGUUUUUACCAAUCCUUCAGUACUCAAAUAAUGACAAUUUUGCAUUCACUUCACCUAAUAACAAAUACAAAGAACGAGUAUCUUUAACAAGACCAACAACUGCACAAAAUACGGGUUCGCUACAAGAUAGGUUUGCCCCAAAUCAAGAGCAUUUCGGAUCACCUGAUCGAAAAGAGACGAAUAAACCUGAAACUCAAUCAUUAGAUCAAAAGUUUGAUUCAAAUGGCCCAAGAAAACCAACAGGCUCGCCAAUCCUUCAAAAAAAGCCAUCUCAAUCUUCAUAUUCACUUAACGAAUAUCCACAAGAAUCAUUAGCAACAAAUCAAGAUUCAACUGAUUAUCGUCGAGAUCGAUUUUCUUCUACAGUUCAACCUAAUAAAUAUCAAACAGAUUCAAUUCAACCUGGACAAGCAUCAUAUGGAUCACAUCCUUUCAACAGUCAACCAAUUUCCCAAAAAAAUCCUAACCUUUACAUCCAAAGUGAAAAGGAUAAGAAAUUCGAAAACUAUAAUCCAAUAACCGAAUUUUCAUGGAAACUUUUUAAGAAUGUAAACAAUCCUCAACAACCGAAUUUCGUUAUAUCUCCACUGUCCCCACAACAUCUUUUGAGUUAUUUGGCCAGCGGAGCAGAAGGUGUCACCAAGAAAGAAAUUGUCGAUGCCAUCCAAUAUAAUUCACCAAGUCAGCUCAAUUCAUUAAUUUCAACAAUGUUAAAAGAACCUGGAAAUAAGGAAUUGCAACUUGCAUCAGCAUUAUUUGUAUCAAACAGAAUUGGCGUGAAUCCAGAAUUCCAAAAAAAAUUAGCUGAAAAUACAAAAAUUGUUUCAACCGAUUUUUCCGACACUGAACAAUUCAACCGUGUUUAUAGUAAGUGGGUUGCAGAAAAAACAAAAGGUGCACUUUCAAAUGUUCGUAUAAAACCAGAACCUUCAACAAGGAUGCUUUUAUCAUCAGCAGUGUACUUUAAGGGAGAAUGGAUCUUUAAGCUUAAUUCAGGUGGUAUUGAUGACUUUUAUGUUACUGAAAACAAUCCAGUAAGAGUUCCAAUGAUGAAACUAUUGAAGAAAUUGCCGUAUGGAAAAUUACAAAAUGGAAAUCUUGGAGAAUGGAUUGCUCUACCAUAUAACUCAAAUGAUUCUAUGGUCAUUAUUUUACCACGAAAAGGUUUACAACUUGAUGACCUGAUCCAACAAUUAAAUGUUCAAGAAGUUUUUGAUUCAAUGAAUAUUGAUAACUACGGAAAUGUUACAUUGACACUUCCUAAAUUCAAAGUUGAAAGUAGAUCAUCAUUAGUUAAUCCUCUUAAGCAAAUGGGCAUCAAACAAUUGUUUACAACAAAUUCUCAGCUUCCAAAUAUUUUUAGCUCUCCUGAACCGUUAUCAAUAUCAAACGUCUUACAACAGGCAUCAUUGGAAAUAAAUGAAGAAGGUUCUAUUGCUACGUCAUUGACAGCAUUUGCUGUUGUUGCACUUAGUUUCUCUCCACCAACUCCUGAUGUUGAAUUUAAAGUUGAUCGUCCUUUCAUUGCGAUGAUUAUUGAUCGUAAAAACAGUUUCCCAUAUUUUGUUGCAAAAAUUUCAAACCCUGCUGUUUAA